AUGUUAGAUAGUGAUGAUGACGAUGAGCAAUCUGAAAAUCAAAUAUCAGAUACGAAAGCUAAUUUGCUCAUCGAAUAUAUGUCAGAAAAAAGAUUACCAAGAGAUCAAGACCAACUAAAGUAUUGGCAAAUUAACAGUAAAAAGUUUGGAAGUCUUAGUCACAUUGCUCGUACAUAUUUAUCAUCACCUGCAACAAGUAUUCCAAGUGAGCAAGUUUUCAGUGCAGCAGGAAUUGUUUAUGAUCCUCAUCGUAACAGGCUUUUGGGGGACAAAGCUGCCAAGUUACUCUUUUUGAAAUAUAAUAUACCAUUACUUAAUUUUAAUUAUGACUUA